CGCAUGGUAAACAAUUCAUGGAGGCGCCACCAGCAUGAAUAAGCGUCCUCACUCUCUAACUUAAUGGCGUUGAAAACUCAGCUCAGUCCUCCCAGUGCUGGGGUGUUCACUUCAGUCUUCGCGCGAUCUGGAGUCCAUCCACCCAAACAACCGCUGCGCUUCACUGCGACUGCGAUUGACCAAGUCCCUGAGAUCAAAGCAGGAUUGACAGAGCAUCUCAGAGCUUUACUCGGUAUCGGCGACGAACAUUUUGUCUAUGGUCAAAAUCGAUGGAUCCGUGAUGUCGGCUCGCCUUUCCACAGUCACUUUGAAUCAUGCCCAUCAGCCGCCCAGAUCCGUCAGCCUACGCUCAACGAUCAUACAGCACAAAUUGCCAAGGAGUCGAAGUCGCCGUUAUGGGACAGUCUUAGCAGAUGGAAAGCAACUGUAGGAUGUGAGACUGUCAAGAGGUGUCUUGCCGGCGUCCUCAGUGGUCUGUUGACGGACUUCGUGACUUGGUCUUAUGCUGGAGUCUACCGCGAAGGACUGGACGACCAUCUCGCCUUUUGGGUGGAGCAUUUGCUUUCCAGAAUUGCCCAGAAGGCUUGUGCUUGCCUUGAAGAUAAUGCAGCCAACGUAUCAUUACCGGUCGGACCGAGGAAGUGGAAAGACAUGGCCACAGCUCGUCUGGGCGCUCUUCGCGUAGACGAACUCUUUGAUAUUAUCGUGGACUGGGAUGCGACGGCUCCAGCUAUCGAGGAUCUCAGACAUUUUACGACAAACCCUGCGACUCGAGGUUUUCUGACUCACGAUUUUGCAAGUGUGCUCCAGACACGUCUGCUGCAUCCGGGUGCGUCUACGAUCGAAAUUAUCCAACUCUACAUCUCCAUUAUCCGGUCAUUCCGUGUGCUCGACCCAAAAGGCGUGCUACUUGAACGAGUCACUAGAAAAUUACGACGAUACCUGAGGGAGCGUGAAGACACGGUGAAGGUCAUCGUCACAGGACUCUUGAGCGAUCCUGUCAGCCAAGAAGGACAGCUCCCUUCAGACCCGGAAGUCCUCAGCGAGCUAGCUGUUGAACUGAACCGAAGCAGUGUUCGAGACAAGUCUGCUGAUGACAAUGAAUUCGAUUGGAACAAUAUGGACUGGCUCCCCGACCCCAUCGACGCGGCACCGGACUACAUGAAAUCCAAAAACACUGAUGUCAUUGGCAGUCUGAUCACGCUGUUCGACACGAAAGACGUAUUCGUCAAGGAACUUCAAAGCACCCUAGCAGACCGGCUACUGAAGAACAAGGCCGACUUCAACCAGGAGAUUAGCGUUCUUGAACAUCUUAAGCUCCGCUUCGGCGACUCCGCGCUCCAAGGCUGCGAGGUCAUGCUCCGUGACGUCCUGGACUCAAGGAAAGUCGACAAUGUGGUCCGCCGCGAUCGAGGUAUGCAAGACGAGACGAGUCGACCCCUACCUGAUGAUCUCCAGCUUCACGCAAAGAUCCUGUCCCGGCUGUUCUGGCCGUCUAUGCCAGAGCAGGCAUUCAACGUUCCACAAGUCGUAUUGGACCAGCAGCAGUCUUACGAAAAGGGUUUCGAGACGCUCAAGCAGUCGCGCAAACUCACUUGGCUGAAUGCAGUCGGACAGGUCGAAGUUGAACUCGAGCUUAAGGACCGGGUUUUCCAGGAUGAAGUCCUCCCGUGGCAGGCCGUCGUUAUUUAUGCCUUCCGGGAUGCUGCCGGCACAGAAACCGACCGACAGAUACGGAAAACUGUCGUAGAGCUCUCCGCUGAGCUAGCCAUGUCUCCGACGCUCGUCCGCAGCGCGUGUAUUUUCUGGGUGUCCAAAGGCAUCCUCGUCGAGUCGGGCAGUGACAAAUUCACCGUCCUCGAACGGCUCCCCGAUGGCACAGAUACGGUUAUGCAGGAUGAUACGAGCAGGCCUGACGCGGCAUCCGCCGUGGCCGCUGCAGCAGCUGCGGCGGCACAAGCGGCCAAAGAGGCCGAGGAAAGCGAGCGGAAGGGCAAGAUGGCAAUGUAUCACCAGUUCAUUGUGAGUAUGUUGACGAAUCAGGGGGCAAUGCCGCUGCCGAGGAUUGCAAUGAUGCUGGGCAUUGUCGUGCCCGGGGGGUUCCCAUUUAGUAAUGAGGAGCUCAAGGAGUUUCUUGCUGGAAUGGUAAAGGAGGGUGUGCUCGAGGUCGGGCACGGUGGGGCGUACAAAGUUGCGUCUUGAGCAAGCGGCCAACAAUGAGGUUAUGAGAGCUACGAUUAGCGUAAUGACAGCAGUCUUGAGAGGAGGCUCCUCCCAGGAGCAAGGGAUGGCAUUCAGCAGUAGGACUGCAAUCAGCAUGGACAUCUUCAGUCACAAGCGGAUAUGCAUUCGGACGUAGCACGAUACUGGCUGUCAUUCAUCCCUUCAGGAGGAUGCAGAAGCUCCCCUUAGACUUCUAGCUCGUAUCCUCGAGCAAGCUGUAGAGAUGAGUCCGCCAACUUGGGCCCUACCUCUGGAGAAGUUGAGUAUUUUAACUGAAAA